ACUCCAAGCCCUUUGAAUCCCGGAAGUCCAGAACACACCCAACCUGAUUGAUUGCAGCAGCGUCCAGAAUGCUGGAGCGUAACUAAAAGACGAAGCAAAGAGCAUUUCAACAUGAGGGACCCACUGACGAAUUGUUCGUACAAUAAAGUAUACAAGAGCCUGAAGGAGUUUGCUCAAAAUGGAGAGAAUUUCUGCAAGCAGAUCACAUCCGUCCUUCAGCAAAGGGCAAACCUGGAGAUUAACUAUGCCAAAGGACUUCAGAAACUGGCAGUGAAGUUGAGCAAAGCACUACAGAACACAAAGAAAAACUGUGCAUGCCUGGCCUGGGCCUGGGCCUCAGAGAGCAUGAAAUCCGCAGCAGACCUACAUCAAAAACUUGGCAAAGCAAUUGAGUUGGAAGCAAUAAAGCCAACGAACCAAGUUCUGAGUAUGCAAGAGAAGAAGAGAAAAUCACUUGAUAAUGAAGUUGAAAAGACUGCAAAUCUUGUUAUUAACAACUGGAAUCAGCAAAUCAAGGCUAAGAAAAAAUUAAUGAUGAGUACCAAGAAGCAUGAAGCACUUUUCCACCUUGUAGAAAGCUCCAAGCAAUCCGUGACCCAGAAGGAGAAGCAGAAGCUCCUCAACAAACUGAAAAAAUCAACUGAAAAAUUGGAAAAAGAAGAUGAAAAUUAUUACCAAAAAAACAUGGCCGGCUAUUCUACUAGACUGAAGUGGGAAAACACCCUGGAAAACUGCUAUAAGAGCAUGCUGGAGCUGGAGAAGGAAAGAAUUCAACUUUUAUGCAAUAACUUAAACCAGUACAGCCAACAUAUUUCUCUUUUUGGACAAACGCUGACCACAAGCCACACACAGAUCCACUGUGCCAUCAGCAAGGUUGAUGUUGAGAAAGACAUCCAGGCUCUAAUGGAAGAAACCGCAAUCCUGUCCACAGAAAACAAAUCUGAGUUCCUACUGACCGACUACUUUGAAGAGGAUCCAAAGAACACAAUGGAUAAAGAGAGACGGAAAUUGUUGAUAAAACCAAAACUGUUGAGACUGCAAAGAGACAUUGAGAAGGCCUCGAGAGAAAAAGAAGGCCUGGAACAGAAGCUUAAUGCACUCUCCAGCAACUCCUCCUUCUCUGAUGCCAAGAGCCAGAAGGAUGCAGCGGCCUUAAUGGACGAGCACAGUUUGAAACUGGACCUUUUGCAAGCGAACUCCUACAAGCUGUCAUCAGUGCUAGCAGACCUGGAGCAAAGGCCGAAACCCAGCCAUCCCUGCAACUGCAUUUUCAAGUGGAAAGAAAAGGAGCACUCUCACACUUAUGUAAAAAUAUCCCGGCCUCUUUUGACGAAGAGAUUAGAGAAAGCUGUGAGCGAGGCACCUUCUGGCGGGCAGAGCAGCCCUAGCGCUUCACCUUCAGGGCCUGGUGUGUCCCAAGGCAGCAACCAUCUUUGCAAGGCCUUGUAUACUUUCCAAGCCAGGCAAGAUGAUGAGUUGAAUUUAGAAAAAGGAGACAUUGUGACCCUACAUGAGAAGAAAGGGGAAGGAUGGUGGUUCGGCUCUUUGAAUGGGAAGAAAGGCCACUUUCCUGCUGCCUAUGUGGAGGAGCUGCCUCCAAAGGCUGGAAACACAGCUACGAAGUCAUAACACAGGACCGGACACAUGGGUGACCUUACAUGGUCUGUAAACGAUGUGGUGCAAAUAAAGAGGACGAGUUAUCAGCUUUGCAA